AUGCAUGGAUUUAUUGCAAUAAACCGUGUGAUGAUAAGCGGGCACCAGCUAACAUGGACCCUUGUCUCGAGACGCAGCGUCGAGAGAGCUGGCACCAGAUUGUUUAUGCGUGGAAUUGAUAGUCAGGGUAACGUAGCAAACUUCGUAGAAACAGAACAGAUAGUCGAAAGAGGAGGUGAAAAGUCCUCGUUCGUUCAAACCCGAGGGUCCAUUCCUUUGUACUGGAGUCAGUACCCUGAUCUAAAAUAUAAGCCCUCGAUGUCUCUGGCCGUCGAGGACCACUUAGCGGCUUAUACCAAGCACUUGAGGGAUCAGCUGCAGAGAUACGGGGAUCAAGUCUUACUGAAUCUGAUUGACCAACGCGGCAAAGAAGAGUCGCUAGAGCGCGGUUAUCGGGCGGCCGUGGCGGCGGCGGCAUUACCCGCAGUGCGGUACGAACCUUUCGACUUCCACGCGGAGUGUCGCGGGAUGCGCUACGAUAGACUGUCCGUUUUACUCGAUAGAGUUGCGCACGAGCAGACAGAAUUCGGGUACUUCCUCUGUCGAGGGGAGACGGUGCUGCUCCGACAGACCGGCGUGUUCCGAACGAAUUGCGUGGACUGCCUGGACAGGACCAAUGUGGUGCAGAGUUUGUUGGCCAAGAGGCAUCUGGUGGCUCUGCUGAGGCUGCUCUCUAUUACCAAUAACGAUGAACCCGUUCCGCACUUCGAUGAGCUCUUUAAUGGCGUUUGGGCCGACCACGCCGACAUGAUAUCGGUGCAGUACUCCGGGACGGGCGCUUUGAAGACCGACUUCACUCGUACGGGCAAACGCACGCGCAUGGGCCUCGUGCGAGACGGGAUUAAUUCCCUCACGCGGUACUAUAAGAACAACUUUAGUGAUGGAUUUAGACAGGAUUCAAUUGACCUGCUUCUGGGUAAAUACGUCGUGGUCGACGGCGAGGGCAACACAGUGCAAUGUCCCCUGAGACGGGACAGGAACUGGAAGUAUGUUACUUUCCCUUCAGUGCUCCUAGUAGCGGUGUCGAUGUUCUGCGCGAGCGCAGCGUUGCCGGCCCGCUCCAACACGGAAGUGCUGCUCUACCUCAUGUUCUGGGGGGCCGCCGUGGGGGCCACGCUCAAGUUCAUAUUUAAACACGGCAAAGAAUUCGUGGACUGGCCCCGCUUGGACUGCGGCGGAAUCGCGUCUCGUUUCGGGCCCGAGUCGUCCUUAUGA